UAUAUAUAAAACUGAAUAAAGUAGAAAAUUAGCAGAUAGAGAGGGGGAAAAAAAUCACGGAGAUGAUGAUUCAUUUUCACCUGAAGCUUGUCUAUGGUGGUGGACUCUUGUGAUCCAAAACAUCAUUAAAAAGCCAUCUAAUCUAGUUUUUCUCCUUCAAGGAAUCACAUAAAACAAUUACCGUCUCUCUUCCCUUGGUUUUCUCUUUUGUCAAAUACUUCCCUGUGAGUCUUGUCGGCAACGAAGGAAAGGAAGCUUCAACUUCACACACGCUCUCAAAACCCAUUAAGAAAGUCCCUCGCUUCAUACCCCCUUUACUUCCUUACUCUCUUUGCAAGGAUUCUCUCCAAGAUUCACAGUUCUGAUCUCUACCCUUUGAAAAGCUUACGACUUUUUUGUUGCCUUAUGAAGCUCAAGUUUGAUGUUUGAGGCAAAGCUAAGAGACUGUUCUUCCCAGAUUCUACAAAUCCCAAAACUACAGAGUGGUCCAAUGAUUAGGGAAUUUGCAGUUAUGAAUUCCCAGAAGGAAAAAAUGAGAGUGGCGGAAAAAUGUUUAGAUUCACAAUUAUGGCAUGCUUGUGCAGGUAGCAUGGUUCAAAUGCCAGCAGUUAACUCAAAAGUUUUCUACUUUCCACAGGGUCAUGCAGAACAUGCUCAAGGGAGUGUAGAAUUUGGUCACUUCCAGAUUCCUGCACUAAUCCCUUGUAAGGUAUCUGCUAUUAAGUACAUGGCAGAUCCUGAAACCGAUGAGGUUUAUGCCAAAAUUAGGCUAAUCCCACUGAAUAAUUGCGAUUUAAUGCUUGGACAUGGUUGUGGUGAGGAUAAUGAUGAUAGGUUGCACAGUGGGAAUGAGUCUCAAGAGAAGCCUGCUUCUUUUGCUAAGACAUUGACUCAAUCUGAUGCUAAUAACGGUGGUGGUUUCUCUGUGCCACGUUAUUGCGCCGAGACUAUAUUCCCAAGAUUGGAUUACACUGCUGAGCCUCCUGUGCAGACCAUUCUUGCUAAGGAUGUGCACGGAGAGACCUGGAAGUUUAGGCAUAUCUAUAGAGGGACGCCUCGUCGCCAUUUGUUGACUACUGGAUGGAGUAAUUUUGUGAACCAAAAGAAACUUGUGGCUGGGGACUCUAUUGUGUUUUUGAGAGCAGAGAACGGGGACCUUUGUGUUGGAAUUAGACGUGCUAAGAGAGGGAUUGGUGGAAAUGAAUGCUCAUCAGGGUGGAAUUCAUUUGGGGGCUAUUCUGGGUUUUUUAGGGAAGAUGAGAGUAAAUUGAUGAGGAGGAAUGGCAAUGAGGAUAUGAAGGGGAAAGUGAAGGCUGAGUCUGUUAUUGAAGCUGCAUCUCUUGCAGCCAAUGGGCAGCCUUUUGAAGCUGUCUAUUAUCCAAGAGCGAGUACUCCAGAAUUUUGUGUAAAGGCCUCAGCUGUGAGGAGUGCUAUACAGAUUCAGUGGUGUCCAGGGAUGAGGUUCAAAAUGGCUUUUGAGACUGAGGAUUCGUCUCGGAUUAGCUGGUUCAUGGGAACUAUAUCUUCUGUUCAGGUUGCUGACCCCAUCCGCUGGCCCAAUUCUCCCUGGCGGCUUCUUCAGGUAGCAUGGGAUGAGCCAGAUCUACUCCAUAAUGUAAAGCGUGUGAGCCCAUGGUUGGUUGAAUUGGUAUCAAACAUGCCAGCCAUCCACCUAUCACCCUUCUCACCCCCAAGAAAGAAGUUGAGACUUCCACAGCCCCUGGAUUUUCCCUUACUUGGUCAAAUCCCAAUGCCGUCAUUUACUGGCAACCCUCUUAGAUCGAACAGUCCCUUAUGCUGUGUCUCAGAUAACAUUCCUGCAGGCAUACAGGGAGCCAGGCAUGCUCAAUUUGGACUAUCUUCUUCGGAUCUCCACUUCAACAAACUGCAGGCGGGACUGUUCCCGGUUGAUUUUCAGCGGUUUGAUCGUGCUGCCCCUCCUUCUAGAAUCUCCAAUAGCAACUUCGUUGGCAAUACUCAAAACAGCGAGAGUAUUUCUUGCUUGCUGACAAUGGGAAAUUCCUCACAGAGUACGAAGGGUAGUGACACAAAGACACCCCACAUUUUAUUGUUUGGUCAGCUUAUUGUCACCGAUCAGCAGAGUUCUCAAAGCUGCUCGGGUGAUACAAAUGCAAACAGUUCAUCAGAUGGACAUCCAGGGAAGGCAAUUUCAGAUGGUUCUGGUUCUGCAUCACAACAGAAUGGUCCGCUGGAAAAUUCUUCAGGUGGGAGGAGUCCUUGGUACAAAGAUUACCGAAAAACUGAUCCUGGCCUGGAGACCGGUCAUUGCAAGGUGUUCAUGGAAUCAGAGGAUGUGGGUCGAACCCUUGACCUAUCAGUCCUUGGUUCAUAUGAAGAGCUGCACAAAAAGUUGGUUAAUAUGUUUGACAUUGAAAGCUCAGAGAUGCUGAGCAAUGUGCUUUACCGGAAUGCAGCUGGCGCCACCAAGCACGCUGGAGAUGAACCCUUUAGUGAGUUUUUGAAGACAGCUAGAAGGUUAACGAUUCUUUCAGAUGCAAGUAGCGACAACGUAGGAAGAUAGACAACGAGGAACUUCCAUCAAAAUGUACAGUUCGCAAGUCUUUUGUUUUGAUUGUAACAUUUCACUUAUUUUUGUCUAUUGGGAGCUGUGGGAUAAGUCCCACUUCAUCCACAUUUAGGACUUGUUUUCCCCUGUCUGUAGCACAAAUUUAACUUUCCAAGGAAAUGACUUUUAUGUUAAUCACCGAUGCCAUCCAAUCCGGGCAUUCGAAUUUCAUUUUCUCA